GCGGGCCGCAGUGCAUCAUGCUCCGUGGCCCUUGCCGCCUCUGCAGGGUCUCCGUGGCACCCGUCGCGGCCCUGGCUGUGGCGCUGGUCUCGUCGCUCUCUCGCUGCUCCCUCCUGGAGCCGGAGGACCGCGUGGUCUCGCCGCUCAGCCCCUACUUCGGCACCAAGACUCGCUACGAGGAUGCCAACCCCGGGCUGCUGCCGGACCCCGAGGCGCCACGGCGGGACCCACAGCUGCUGGAGACCUGCACCCCGGUACAGCUGGUCGCCCUCAUCCGCCACGGCACCCGCUACCCGACCACCAAACAAAUCCGGAAGCUGCGGCAGCUGCACGGACUGCUGCAGGCCCGCGGUCCCGGGGAUGACCGGAUCCGCGCUGCCGGCGGCGGCGACCUGGGCGCUGCGCUGGCCAACUGGCCGCUGUGGUACGCGGACUGGAUGGACGGGCAGCUGGUGGAGAAGGGGCGGCAGGACAUGCGACAGCUGGCCCUGCGCCUGGCCUCCCUUUUCCCGGUCCUCUUCAGCCGAGAAAACUGCGGCCGCCUGCAGCUAGUCACCAGCUCCAAGCACCGCUGCGUGGACAGCGGCGCCGCCUUCCUGCAGGGACUGUGGCAGCACUACCACCCUGGGUUACCGCCGCCCGACGUCGCAGACAUGGAGUGUGGACCUCCAAGAAUUAAUGAUAAAUUAAUGAGGUUCUUUGAUCAUUGUGAGAAGUUUUUAACUCAAGUGGAAAGGAAUGCUACGGCUCUUUAUCAUGUAGAAGCCUUCAAAACUGGACCAGAAAUGCAGAACAUUUUAAAAAAAGUUGCAGGUAUUUUGCAAGUGCCAGUCAACAACUUAAAUGCAGAUUUAAUUCAGGUAGCUUUUUUCACCUGUUCAUUUGACCUGGCAAUUAAAGGUGUUAAAUCUCCUUGGUGUGAUGUUUUUGACAUAGAUGAUGCAAAGGUUUUAGAAUACUUAAAUGAUCUGAAACAAUAUUGGAAAAGAGGAUAUGGGUAUACCAUUAAUAGUCAAUCCAGCUGCACCCUGUUUCAGGAUAUCUUUCAGCACUUGGACAAAGCAGUUGAACAGAAACAAAGUUCUCAACCAAUUUCCUCUCCAGUCAUCCUUCAGUUUGGUCAUGCAGAGACCCUUCUUCCACUGCUUUCUCUCAUGGGCUACUUCAAAGACAAGGAGCCCCUAACAGCUUACAAUUACAAGGAGCAAAUGCAUCGGAAGUUCCGAAGUGGUCACAUUGUACCCUAUGCCUCAAACCUAAUAUUUGUGCUUUACCAUUGUAAAAAUGCUAAGACUCCUAAGGAAGAAUUCCAAGUGCAGAUGUUACUGAAUGAAAAGGUGUUACCAUUGGCUCACUCACAAGAAACUGUUUCUUUGUAUGAAGAUCUGAAGAACCACUAUAAGGACAUCCUUCAGAGUUGUCACACCAGUGAAGAAUGUGAACUACCAAAGGUGAACACAUCUGAUGAGCUAUGAGUAACUGGAAAACAUUUUUAAUUCAUCAGGAAUCUCCAGGGAGUGAUCCCAUGCUUGGAAUAGGUGGGCAGUCCCUGGCUACAGCAGGCUUUAACAUUACUUGGGUAUUUCUGUCUUUUCAAAGAAAAACAUUUCUUUCUGAGUCUGGACAUGGAUGUGUAAGAAAUGAUUCUUCACUGAAGCAACUCUCUUAAAGGAAAAAGAUCUAUUCAAAAAGAUAACUGGCACUACAAACAUUUACAGAAGUUAAAUAUUUAUGUAAGAAAACUCAUACUAAGAAUGUGAUUUCAGGAUGAUACUUGAAAGUUGGAGUAACAAAAUAUUAUGUCAGUUGGACAAUCCAUAACUUGAUUGGACUAAGUCUAGGAACUUUACCAGUUGUGCUUCAGUUCUUUCUCCUUUCCUCAGGUAGCACAGUUCUGGUAUCAUCUUUCUUAAUCAGAACUAUUAUGAUUCACUGGGAGUAUCGCUUUGAAAGAAAGCUAAUAUCUCUCUAGUUGAGAAUUCAAAAUGAUAUUAAUAAACAGAGUCUGAUUUAAAAGAACACCUUCACUGAAGGAAAACAAAAAUAAAAUAAAUAUCUUUGUUAAUAGUAUUUAU